GGUCCCGUCUUCGCCAGGAAGACUCCCCUCCUCGAAUCAUUGAACACCCUUCUGACCUUAUCGUAUCGAAAGGCGAGCCAGCCACCCUCAACUGCAAAGCAGAAGGCCGUCCCACUCCCACGGUGGAAUGGUACAAAGACGGGGAGCGUGUUGAGACGGACCGCGAGAAUCCCCGUUCCCAUCGAAUGCUGCUGCCCAGCGGGUCACUCUUCUUCCUGCGCAUCGUUCACGGACGACGCAGCAAACCAGAUGACGGCAACUAUGUGUGCAUCGCCCGCAACUAUUUGGGAGAGGCCGUGAGUAGGAAUGCUUCCCUGGAGGUGGCAUUGUUGCGAGAUGACUUCCGUCAGAACCCGCAGGACGUGGUGGUGGCGGUUGGGGAAACUGCGAGUUUUGAGUGUCAGCCUCCGCGCGGGCAUCCUGAGCCGACCGUAUUCUGGCGAAGAGACAAAACUCAACUGGAUCUCAAGGAUGACAGGAUCAUGGUCCGAGGAGGAAAGCUGACCAUUUCAAAUACUAAGAAGAGCGAUACAGGGAUAUAUGUGUGUGUGGCCUCUAACAUGGUUGGAGAAAGGGAAAGUGAAAAAGCACAACUUUCAGUAUACGAAAGACCAGCAUUUAUGCAGCGCCCUGUGAACCAGGUGGUUCUGGUUGAUGAGAGUGUGGAGUUCAGAUGUCAGGUCCAUGGUGACCCGCCGCCUGCUCUGCGCUGGAAAAAAGAGGAUGUGGAUGUUCCUCGUGGCAGGUAUGACAUCAGAUAUGACAGAGAGGACUCCCUGCUGAGGAUAAAAAAGGCAUCUGUCAGCGAUCAAGGGACGUUUACGUGCGUAGCAGAGAACCGUGUGGGUAAAGCCGAGGCCUCGGCCUACUUGACCAUCAGAGCUCGCCCCGUUGAGGCACCUCAGUUUGUGGUGCGACCUCGGGACCAGAUUGUGGCUCAGGGACGGACGGCUACCUUUCCCUGUGUGACCAGAGGCAAACCUCAGCCAACAGUCUUCUGGCAAAGAGAAGGCAGCAAGGAUCUGCUGUUUCCCAAUCAACCAGCACAGGGGGACGACCGAGUGUCUGUGUCUGUAAAUGGAGAGCUGACCAUAUCAUCUGUGCAGCGCUCAGAUGCAGGCUACUACAUCUGCCAAGCCCUCACAGUGGCAGGCAGCAUCAUGGCCAAGGCCCAACUGGAGGUAGCAGACG